AUGCCUUCAAAGCCAGAAGAUAUAAUGAAAGGGUUCAAACUUAACUGGAUGAAUCUCCGAGAUGCUGACAGUGGCAAGGUUUGGUGGCAGUCCAGUGAUGAUUUGUCAGCACCUGAGAAAGAACAUGAAGCAAGAGUUCCAAAAAGAAUUUUAAAGUGUAGAGCUGUAUCUAGGGAAAUCAACUUCUCAUCAAAAGAGCCAAUGGACAAGUUCCGACUUGAGCAGCGUGUUUUAUUUAAAGGAAAAUGUUUAGAGGAAUGGGUCUUUGAGUUUGGCUUUGUGAUUCCUGGCUCAACAAAUACCUGGCAGUCAGUGAUUGAAGCAGCUCCAGAGGGUCAGAUGAUGCCCCCAAAUGUUUUAAAUGGCAAUGUCCUGAUAGAAACAAGGUUUUACGAUGGUGAUACAGCAGUCAGUGUGUCCAGAGUUCGGAUCUUCUACGUCUGA